AUGUCCGAACCCUCAGGAAAUGGCGCGAAUAAUCACACUGACGACCCGACCGCUAAUCCGCCAGAACGCAACCGGCCCGUCGGCGAUCAAUUCCCACUGGACCCUUUGCUGAGACCCGGCGAGUACAUCGACGGCGGCACCGACAACCGCGAAGACAAAAACCGUGUCGUAGACCACACAGAGUCCCACCAAGUCGAACCCCCCAAUUCGGCGUCAGAUGAACAACGCAAGUGUCAUUCAGUAGCAGAACCCACAACAGCCACUCCGCAAUCGCAGCAGCGGCGGAGGAGACCGCCGGAGGAUAUGGCGGCAAUGGGGGAGAGACCCGAAUGGUUGCCGGCGGAAUGGAAGACUUAUACGAAGACUAGGUCUUCUGGUGCCUCUGCUGGAACAGUUGAUAGGCUAAAGGGAGUGAAGCACGUUAAAUAUCAUACUGGUCUUCUUGAGGAAAAGUUCAGUUUACCAGAUAUUUUGAAGCUUUGA